AUGUUCCUCCUGCUGAUUUUCCUCUCUCUGGCUCUAGCUCAACUUCCCCCAGAGUCUUUCUACAACAUCACCAUCCCUAGUACCCCAUCCCCCAAUCUCAGCCUCGCAACCUUCACCACCCCGUCGACCCUCUUGUCCACCCUCUCCAAACCAAAGGUCCACCCCAUCAACACCACCGUCUUCGACUGGUGGUACUUUGACGCCGUCUCUUCCUCGAAUCCGAAUGUCUCUGUUGUGAUCACCCUCUUCACCAGCACACCUACCGCAUUCCCCUUCCUCCCAAGCAAUAGCAAUACCGACUCCGACUCCGUCCUCCUGGCUUACCUUUGGAUCUCGUUUCCAAAUGGGACCACCUACGCACGCUACGCGGACGCAUCCCUAGCAACAGUCGACGCAGCCUGCGGUGUUACCCGAGGAAUAUGGCACGGGAGCGGCGUUUCCUUUACUGGCUCCGAGAGCGGGGAGUAUCUUGUUACUAUUGACGGAGGGGCAGGGGUAGGAGUAACAGGGUCUGUAUCGAACCCGCAUACACCCUGUGGUGACGACCGGCUGCGCUUGGGUGAUACAAGCACGGUUGGGAUCGGAUGGGCGAGUCUCCUCCCCGACGCGGAGGCGAGUGUUGAUGUUUUGGUGGGCGGGGAGGGAGUCCGCUUUACGGGGGUUGGGUAUCAUGAUAAGGGUGUGAAUGCGAGGGGGGCUACGGCUGAUAUGUAUGGGCUUGCGCAGAACUGGUCGGAUGGACCGUUUGAGGCGGCGGUGCGGACGUGGUACUGGGGACGGGGCCGGGUUGGCCCGUUCUCCGUCGUCUGGUUUGAUAUGCUUCCUGUUGGGAACGAAACAGAGGUGGUGAGUGGGUAUGUGGCUGUUGGGCGGGAGGUUGUGGUGUCUAGCUGUGAGGAGGGGGUUGUGUCUGUGCGGCCAUGGAAGGACGGGAUGGCAGCUGCUUAUCCACCGGUGCGUGGGGACGUGCCGGAUGGGUUCAGGGUGGUUUAUAGUAUUCAGAUGGAGGUGGAUGUUACCCUUGGGGCUAUGGUCGCUGGUGACGGGAAGUACUAUGCGCGGUGGACGGGGAGGAUGACGGCCAAAGUGGCCGGGGAGGUCUACGAGGGAGUGGGCAUGUUCGAGCAGUUUGUUAUGCAGUAA